AUGAAAACUAUUAUCGCUCCAGAAGUUGAUAUGCUGAUUGUUUCACGCAGUUCCAGAAAUUCCAGAAAAUCUAUCAUGAAUUUUGCACCUAAAAUUGGGCUAACUAUGGUUAAUUAUGCCAAAUUAGAUGACAUUGAUAAUUUCUACCUUGAUUGCCAAGAAUUUAGAGACUACUACCGCGAUCCAUAUAAUAAGAUUUCUAGACCGGAAGCAUUUAAGAAGCAUUAUGGAAAAUGUGGACGAAGAGAAAUUGAUAAAAACACAGUUUCAUUAAGUUUGCCGCCAACGUGGGUCCGUGAGAAACAACCUGUAGUAUAUCCCUUAAAAUAUGGAAGGAAGUUACGAUUGGAUGAAGGCAUAAUAUUAGGUGGGCAAUACGACCGCACAUCUUGUAUUAAAUAUAAACGUUGAAAAAUAAAUAUAAUAGAUAAACCAGGUAUGAAACAAGUUUCAUUUUUGAGCACAAAUAAGUUAAUAUUGUAAAUC